GGAAACAGGACCGGCAGAGUAAGCGCAUAGGCGCGUAGAACGAGUUGCUAACCGAAAGCAGCGAGCCGAGUCGCUUUUCGCGCGCGCUCUGCUGACGGUGGCAAGUGGGCCUCGGCAGGGCCCUCAAAGGCAAUAGGUCUCGAUGGAACCGCUAGUAUGCGGCUGCAAUGCGAGGAGUGACGGACUCUGCAAGCGCGUGCCGCAAGUCCGCGGAAGGCGACCAUAUGGUCGCUGCUCUGGUAGUUUAAAAUGGGUGGAGCUCGCACUCACAAGUGAUAGGAUACCUUGGUGCUAGUGGAAUCCUUUGUGCCUGGGGUAGUCAUGCCACGGCUCUCGGCUGGGCGCUCGUCUCAUGUGCGCGUAAAAUUGCCGGCACUUGACUUACUUGGAGCGCGCGGCCACUGCGUCAGCGCUUGCUAUGCUCGCAAGCAAGCACGCAAGGUGUGAUGUCGCGCGUGGCGACGCUCGCCUGGGGGGCUCGCGACUUGAGGGGGAGGCAGUGGGAUCUUGGGUGAAAAGGCGAACGAGCCAGGCGGCGUGUCAUGCUUCACGGCCAGUUUUGCUGACGCUGGCAGGAAAGGGUAAAAGCUCGGUCGAUGGUGGCCUCUCGGGGCCUGCCCAGGGCCUGCCUGCUUGAACGUUCGUCGGCUGGGCCAGGGGCUCGAGCUGAAGCCAUUGGUUGUGGGAUGUUGCUAUGCUGGACCAGACCGUUCUGCGUUAUGGUGCUUGCUUGACGUUGUCAAGAGGUGCGGGGGUGAGGGAGGCUGGGGCAGCUCCCCCGGGCUGGGGCUUCUGUCAUGCAAGAGGGCAAAUGGUCAGGAGUACGGCAAGCAGGACAAGCAACAAUUGCCCUGUCCUAGUGCAGGAACGUCAUGAGGGCGUCAGCGAAAGCCUAAACGCGUGAGUGGACCACCAAGCAAGUUGGGCCGUGCACGGUGACCGAAGCGGUCCGUGAAGGAGCUCGGGCGUGUUGGCAUUACCUUGGCAACGCUUGGGACAGGACAGUUCUGUGAUGCCUGCUAGCACCGACAAGCUCUUCUGCCAUCGUACGCGUUCGUUUCUUUACCGCACCGUUUAUAAGAGUGCCGUAUUUGGUUGGGAGUGAACGUCGAUCACCAAAGAUGCCGGGGAAAGCGGCAGGUGCGUGGGCCGUACGUGACCUAGCGUUGCGCCAUCACCAUCGGGCUGGAGGCCCCGGUGUAGGUAUGAGCCACCUCUGAACUCUGAGGCUGCAACAGGCAGUAGCAGGGGCGCGCUGCAGCUGAGCGGACGAAAGGAUGGACAAGUGGACACAGACAGCUGGGCGGGGAAUGACUGCGGCU